AACUGUUCUGUAUUUUAAUCAUCCAUAGUCAACGCUUGGAAAUUUCAACUACUGUUCAUAGCUUUUAGUUAUCGUUAUUCUUGUUAUCGUUGCUAUGUGCUCUCUUGAUCUAUCCAUAGAAUCAACUGCAUCAUCAUCAUCUUACACACAGAUUUGAGUUCUUUUCCACUUUCUCCCUCUUCCAUCCUCUUUGGCAUCACCUUUAUAUCAUCUGUGUUAUUUUUCUAUUGUGUUUCUCUACUAAUAAUAAUUUUAUCGUCAUGAUCGUCUAUUGUAAUGGGUGAAGAGUCAGCCCAUAGCCGUUUGGAAUCUAGUUUAGAAGAUAAAAAUGUUGAUGAUUGUGAUGUUAGGCAUGAACGUGAUGUGCAAUUUGUAAAUACUAUUUAUCCUGACCAAUCACAUCAACAAGAGCAGGUUCAAUUUAAUUCAAUCUCUACCAAUGGGCUCAAAAAUCGUUUGAGUCCAUAUCUCGAUAAAAAAGGAUUAGUGUUAAAUGGUGGUCACGUUGAUACCAGAGGUGUUGUGCAAAAUAUUAAAAUGAGACUCCAAAAUUUUAUUAAUGCCAUCAGAGCGCGAAUUAAACAACUAUCCAUUGUACUUAUCAUUUCGAUAACAGUUCUAGCUACUUUAAAACAUGAUCGCUUGAUUAUACGGAAGACUCCACCGCCAAGCAAAUUCUUCUCUACUGACUCAUUAAUUGAAGAUUAUGAAACUGGCAGCUUUUCUGAGUUAAUUACCCGCUCAUCGGAGUCGGAUGUAUCUUUCACCAUGUACUAUGCACCUUGGGAUGCACAAUGCAUAAAGUUCAAGAGAGAGUUUGAAAUUAUAGCCAGCCAUUAUCCCAACCAGAUUUAUUUCGCAGCUAUAAACUGUUGGUGGCCAGAUGGUGAAUGUAGACAACAUAAUAUGAUUCAUCAAUAUCCUUCAUUUUCCGCUCAUCUACGAAAUAUUGGAGCUCUUACUUACCCAGGUCCAUUAAUGGCUGGUUAUAUCAUUCACUAUCUCGAUAAUUUAAUCGACCCAUUGACACCAAUUCAAGAUGAAGGACAGUUAUUAGAUCUUAUUUCGAAACACGAUGGUGUUGCAGUGGGAUAUUUUGAUUUCAACGAUCCUUCAACUUUAUCUUCAUAUGAUUUAUUUUUUAAAGCCUCAGUCCGGGCUCUGCAAUCAGAUCCUUUCCGACUUGUAAAAUUCUGUGUCAUCACGAGUCGUAAAGUUGCUCAAAAAGUGCGAAUUAAUACAACUUCAUCAAUUAAUCUUUAUUCUUGGAAUACAACGUCCAUUGUAGAAACCGAUUUUAAAAAUUCAGAUGCCGUCCUUAAAUGGAUUUAUAGUAAUUUAUUUGAUGAUUGGAAAGGUUUAGUUGAUUGGCUUAUACCAAGUGGUAGAAAAAGUGAUGCUUUGGCCGAAAUUUUGGAAUCCAGUCCUACUCUAGUCCUUCUUACACCUAGAAGUUUAAUUUUUGGAAUUUCUCCGUAUUAUGACAUUCUUCGUGAAGUUGCUAUGGACUAUCAUAAUUGUGAAAACUCUCCAACCAUCAAGUCGCUCAUUCACCGUAGUAUCUUAAGACGCCGGGCAACAGAGGAAAGUCUAAUUGAAAUGGAAGAAAAAUGCCAUGAGCUUAUGAAUCCAAUUGCUGAAAAGAGUGAUAUUUGGAAAAUGUCCAAUGUUAUAUCUGAAGAUACAUGUUGUCAUUCACAAAUAGUUCGUUGGAGACCAAUUGGAAAAUCAGCUGAGAAAAAGUGUUAUUGCACCGCCUGUAUUCGCAUUAAUUUAUCUAAGUGUCCAUCAGGCUGUAAAAAAUUCAACUGUUUAGCAACAGUAGCUCGAUAUUUAAAUUCAUUCGAGCCAUUGGAAAUAAACAAAACUGCUUCUUUCUGCAAUGAAAUUAAAAGUACCUAUCAACCUAAAUAUACUCCAUACUACAAAAUUGAGGUUACAUGUUCUGGCAACUUACCCAAUGAAAUGGAUUCUCAUCAAUACUCUCUUAUAAAUGAUAACAGAGACGAUACCUAUGAUUCAGAAUAUUUUUCAUCGCUAAAGUAUCUAUCGGAAGACUCUAAUGUAGGAUCUUUCAACUUUCCUACUAAAGAUGAUAAAAUUGUUCGCAUGAUGAAAAAUUUGGAACAUCAAUACUGUUAUCGCCUAGCACUGGGUCUAAACUACAGUGAUUUCAAUUUUCCAGAUAGUGGAGAAGGAUCACUGAGUUCGACUUCAUCGAAAUGGAGAGAAAAUUUUACCGGUUUAGGAUGUAAAGCCAACAAAACGUUAAAGUUCCUUGCGAUUGACUCUAUUCUCUACCCUGGUUUCGCCGAGUCACUAGGAAUUGACAUAUUCAAUGAGACGCACGCAACUUUAGCUUUCAUUAUCGAGUCUCACCAGGAAAAUAUUUAUCUUCUCAACCACCAAGUUGCAUCAUCAUGCUGUUCUUCAUCAACCAUCAACAAAAGAGCUUUUUAUGAAAUAAUCAAAAACUAUACAGACAACAAGCUUGUUCGUUAUUUACGAAGCUCGACAGAUAAAUCAGUGUCAUCUUCAGAACAGUGUUUAAAAGGUUUAGGUAAUGAUCAAAUUAUUUGUGUUCCUGAAAUUCAUAGUAAUAACUUUAAAGAGAUAGCGUUAUCACCGAAACGAGAUGUUCUUGUCAUGUACUUUACUCCUUGGUGUGGUUAUUGUUCAACGGUUGCCCAUAUUUAUCUUUCGGUAGCCAAAUAUUUUCAGAAUAUUGAUGGCAUUUUGUUCACCCGGAUAAACGGAGAUACAAAUGAUUUACCGUUUGAGUAUAAUGUCGACAAAUAUCCGACAAUUAUGCUGUUUCCAGCCUACAGAAAAUCUGAAACUGUUACUUUCCCAUCAACUCGGUCAAUCACACAAUCUAAUUUAUUAGGAUUCAUUUUGACAUAUGCACAACCAUCUGUUAAACUCCAGAUAGCAUUAAGUCUUUGUGAUGUUAAUUGCCUUCUCCGAAACUGGUUUAACUAUCAACGACAUUCGUCAACCCUGUUCAAAUCAUAUAAAAAUGAUUUAAUAAGUCUUGUUUUCUUACGAGAUAAAUUAAGUGAUCUUCGAAAGAAACAACGCGCUCUACAACAACCAUUUAUUGAUCACUAUAUCGCAAACUUAAGGAAAAAGCGAAGUCAAUUUGAAUUACUAUUCAAUGUAAAACAAUUUCUAGUUAAAAGGCUGUCUGAUAUUUCCAAGAAAUCAGUUGAUGAGUUAAUUGAUGUUAAAAAGGACCAAGAAUGGUUAGCUGAAACUGUUAGUGAAAUUUUACGUCCGUCGUCUCAGACUGAAUCCAAAAGUAAAUCUAAGAAGUCUAAAUCACGAAACUCAUCUCCGUCGAAAUCAUCAAAAGAAGAUAAUAAACCUGUUAAAAAGACAAAAUCAAAAUCAAAAUCAAAGAAAGAUGAGCUUUGAAGUUUUGUUUCGCAUAAUUUACCAUCAAAUGUUCACUUUUGCCUUAUGAUAUGUGCUUGGAUUUUUAGUUCAACAAAAAAUGUUUUAAUCAAAAACAAACUUCGAAAUAUUCAUCACGAAGAUUGUAUCGAAUCACAAUUCAAAAAUUGCCUUAAGAUCAAGCACAACAACAAAUUUAGUGAUCUGAGAAAAAGUCUAUUCAAAGUUAAAAAUCUCUAGACUUCUAAAUCAUGGGAAUCCCAUCUUUACACACAAGCUUGAUUCACGAAUCAUUUUAUGUUGAAAUUAGAUCAAAUCUUCAUUUGAUAUUUUCAAUAGCAAUAAUCUGUAAUUUUCUUAUUAAAAAUGACUCUAUUUUUCUGAAAUCUUUCAAA